AUGUCGGGCGCUCGCAUGUACGGCGCGUUCCACCCGGACGCGCAGAAGGGCGGUGAAAAUGACACCCUCCUCACCAACAAGGCGAAAUCGGGGUCGAAUUCGCGAAUUCUCGUCGCGGUCGGCGCGCUCUGCGCCGUCUCCGGCGCGCUCGUGGGCGCGUACGCCCUCUCCGGUUCCAACGGAUACGGCGUUUCGUCCCUCAUGCGCCUCGGCGCGUCUGAGACGUGCGGCAUGGAUCACUGCCUCACCCUCCUCCAGGGGCCCAGCGACCAGCUCGACUCGAUCUUCCAGGAGUCCUUCGACACCGUGUGCACCCAGGCGAACCAGGUGGUCGAGCAGGGCUCGACGCACGGUUUGAAGGAGAACCCCAAGGCGCUGUGCACCGUCCCUAAGUGCUUCGAUAUCCUCAACGCGGAGCUCGGAAAGGUCUCCAAGGAUGAAACCAAGCAGCAGUCCAUGAAGAACGUUGUCAUCACCCAAUUCUACGACGUCUGCUUCCCCACCUCCACCGCCGCGAUGGGCAAGAACAAGCAGCACACCAAGGUCGCCAAGGUCGGCCACAACGCGCACGCCGUCGCGCCCAAGACUUCCACCAAGCGCUCCAGGCUCGGAUCCCAGUGCAACGUCGACGCGUGCCUCGUCCUUCUCCGCGCCGACGAUGAGCAGAUUGACAACAUCUUCGGUGAAUCCUUCGAGACCGUGUGCGUCAAGUCCCGCGAGUACUCGUCCAACCCCAACGCCGAGCUCGGCGGUCCCGAGGAUGCCAUCUGCGACGUUGCGGAGUGCUUCGACAUGCUCAACAUCGCCCUCCCCAACGAGGACAACAAGCUCAAGGACAUCAUCAUCAACGAGUUCCAGGCUCUCUGCUACGGCGGCGCCUCCUCCACUGCCACCCUCGGCAAGGGCGACGCCUGCACCAUCGACGCGUGCCUCACCAUGCUCCGCGGCGACGAGGAGGACAUCGACAACAUCUUUGGCGAAUCCUUCGAGACCGUGUGCGUCAAGUCCCGCGAGUACUCGUCCAACCCCAACGCCGAGCUCGGCGGUCCCGAGGACGCCGUCUGCCAGGUUAACCAGUGCUUCGACAUGCUCAACAUCGCCCUCCCCAACGAGGACAACAAGCUCAAGGACAUCAUCAUCAACGAGUUCCAGGCUCUCUGCUACGGCGGCGCCUCCGCGGCUGCCUCCGUCGGCAAGAAGGAGACCAAGCACAGCCACAUCAGCAAGGAGACGGCGAAGGUUGGCUACAAGGAGUGCAACGUCGAUGCUUGCCUUGUCAUGCUGCAGGGGGACAGUGAUGAGCUCGACAGGGUUUUCGGUGAGAGCUUCACGACCGUGUGCACCCAGUCCAGGUCGUACCAGGCCAAGGGUGAACUCGGAGAAGGUGAGGAGAACACUUCCGCCAUCUGCAGCGUUCCCAAGUGCUUCGACACCCUCAACAUUGCCCUGAGCGAUGACAACAACCUCAAGGACAUUGUCAUCAACGAGUUCCAGACUCUCUGCUUCCCCGAGUCGGCCUAAAUACCGGUGCCGUAUGAGAAAGUAGUAGCGCUCCUUACUCGUAGAUCAGAUGAUCUUGCCGCGGCCCAAUGGGUGAUAUCAUUUUGUAUAGACUGUCGCCCGCUGGGAAGUGCUUUGUAAAUACAAACAAGACUCAUUCAUCUC